AAAAUAUAAUAACAAAAUAAAAGCAACACAAAACAAAAUAUAAAAUAAAAUUUUUUUUUAAAAUAAUAUAAAUAUUAAAGUACAAUGAGCGAAAUUAAUAAUAGUGAUAAAAAAGAAAACCCUCAAGAAGCUCAGCUUUGUUUAAGAAAUUGCGGUUUUUACGGUAAUCCAAAAACAAACGGAUUAUGUUCAAGCUGUUUCCAAAAGGAAGGAACAUCAUUAAGACAACAAUUACUACAAAGUAACGAUAAUAUUAGCAGUAAUAGCGAAAAUUUACAAGAGAGCCAAGGUCAACAAUCACAACCACAACCACAACAAACUAAAGAAGAAUCCCCAAAAGGUAAUAAAAAAAGAACAAUAGAUUAUUUAGAAUAUAUGAAUGGACUCGAUGGGAGAGCUAGAAAUAGUAAUACUAACCGUUUAAUAAAUGAAGAUAAAUUAAAUAGUGUCGCUUCUACCUCUGCCCCAGCCGUAGUUUUCACACCACCUCCAGUUACCUCAACAACCACCACUACCAUCUCCACCAACAAUGAUAACUCUGGAAACGUUGGCACCACCUUAAGCGCUACCCCUAAUACAACAACUUCACCAUUAAAAAUAUUAAAGCAUGAAAUUAAUAAUAAUAAUAACACUCAAUUUUCAUCAUCCGAAGGAACUCUAAAACCAUCAGCCGAUUCACCAUUUUCAUCUUCACCUUUAUCAUCUUCACCAUCAAAAUCAAAUAUUAAAUGUAAAUUCCCUUCUUGUGGUAAAUCCAUUAGUUCUUCUCUUUCCCUCUCAAGUAAAUGUAGAUGUGGUGAAUAUUUCUGCGGUAAACAUAUACACAACCACAAUUGCACUUUUGAUUACAAGUCAUUAGCCAAAUCAAAUAUAGCUAAAGCCAAUCCUCAAAUUUUAGCAAACAAAAUAGUAAAACUUUAAAAUAACUACAUUAAUACAUAUAACUCCGCUCACUCAAUCAACUACUCAUCACAUUUAUUAAUUCGCCCUCUUCUCCUCCUCUUCUGUAUAUAUAAUUUUUUUUUGUAAAAUUAACAAACACACUUUUGUAAAAUAUUUCUCUUCAACAAAACU